AAAAGUCCACCCUUCAUUGAUGGUCUCGCUAAAGGGACGAACAUCUUUACUUCAAAUGGCGACGUGAUUCCUAUUGAAGAAAUUAAGGUCGGAUCCUUGGUUUUAUCUUCGGAUGGUUCUUACUCAACUGUUGCAUCAAUUCAAUCAGGGUUCGAGGAGGUGAUCCAAAUCAAGCAGAGUAGUUGUCAUUCGGCCCAGUUGCGUGAUGAAAAUAGAGCUCCUCCAUGGUGCUUGAUUAAGCUCGGUUGCUCAGGGCGUCAGCGGGUACAAUUAAGGACGAAACAAAGAGUAAAAAAGAUUUUGAAGAAGUUAAACAAUAAUCAUGUUGUUGAAAUUACGCAGUUAAGAGAUCAUGUAACCGAGGAUGAUAGAAAAAUACAGAUUUUGCGGACAACUUCGAGGCAGUUCUCUCAAAACACUGCACCUCAAACUAUUCAAGAAUACAUUGAUAGCCUCAAAGUACCCAACGGUUUUAUAACAUGAGAAUCGGAGUUUAAUGACAUAAAUUACCUAAACAAGGAGCUUCGCGCUUCUACUGAAAUUGAUGCUGUGCCCGCUUACAUUGGAAUUUCCGGUUUUGUUGCCAUGGUUGCAAUCUAAUUUAAAUCCUAAUGUUGCUAGUAACGAAUUGAAAGCAAUGGCAUGGCUUGUCGGAUUUUGGAUUGGUGACGGCCACAGUCGCGGUGCUAAAUCUGCGCUACAUUUAGGUAACGAUGAUGUUAAUUGUUAUUUGGAAGCGAGUGCCUCUCUUUGGGGAAUGACAUUACGAAUAGUUCCCAGAGACCCAGGUAACGGCUAUAAAGCAGACGGCUACCUUCAUACCUAUGACGAAGAAGUGCGGAACUGGAAUAGACACAAUCCUCUGGUCAAAGUACUCGAAGGCUUGAACUUCUACGAAAAUGGUCCUUUAGAUGGAAAGAAGUCAGUUCCAUCUUUUAUGAAAACGGAGCAAAAACCAGUACGCGGAGCAUUCAUGGCUGGUCUCAUUGACUCGAAUGGUUCCGUCAAUAUUCAGGAUCAUUGCCUUCGCGUGAAAAUGUCUACGACUUCCCCGCCAAUUAGAGAUGGAAUUCUUUCUGUCGGAAGAUCCAUGGGGCUAAAUGUAAGUGUAUAUUUGUCCCCAGAGAAAGAGAGUCCUAAAGGUUACCAUGAAAGUGACACCUGGGUGCUUCAUCUUUUUGGGGGGCUCCAAUCAUGGCACGCUUUGGUCCAUUUUAUGCAGAUGUUCAUGUGAGAGGAAGAGAAACCCUCCAAUCCAGUUUGUGAGGAAAAGAGAUGUUGCAGAAUUUGAAACAGAUGAUGAGGAAGACUCGGAUAUAUCCCUUGAAGAAGCGUUAGGCGAAUGGGCCGAAGCUCCCAAUAUUAAUGAGAAUGGUUUGCCUCCAAGAUCAUCAGCUGGUGGGAGAAAAGGUACUGAAAUUAUAAGCAAGGACGAUCAAUUUGAACAAGGUGGGGACGAAAGUAGUGAAUUUGAUCUUGAAGAUGAUGAUGAUAACCUUCAUUUCGCCUUUAUCCCAUUCAAGACGUCUGAAGUGGGGACCGCACAAGUUUUUGGAUUCACUCUUUCGGAGGAUUCCGAUAACAACACUUUCUUGACCGAGCAACAGGUAAUGUGCUUUAGUGCACACCGACUUACUAAUGAAACUAGAUCGAAUGCGAGCUUCUCCAGAUCAUGCCUCUCUUGCCAUGGCACAGUUACUAUUGAAUGGUACAAGUUACCAUGGGAUACGGCUAGCGCUCGACGGUUAUGUUCAGUUUGUUAUAAGCAAUAUUCUCGUAGCAAAAUGAGAUGUUGCAACUGUAACAAGGUAUUCUCAAAAUCUAUAAUGCAAGGACGAAUGAGGAAAGAGUCUAUGAAAACUUGCAUGUCUAGAGACGGUAAGCGUGUUCAAGGUUAUUCUUGUGAUACCUGUGAUGGUGUAAUAGAGCAGCCUGGCAUUCAAAAUACAAAUCCUCGACCAAGUGAUAAGCAUAGGUCUGGAUCAUGUUAUUUUUGUGAUACUCAGGAAUCUGGAUCCUGGAGAAAAGUCCCUUGGGUGCCUGAUAAAGAAUGGUGCUCGGUUUGUAGGAGCAGAUAUGGAGGAACUGCAACAGUGUGUACUAAUGACAAGUGUCGUAAGAUUCCAUUCAAAGGCGAAUUCAAUAAGAUGGAGGCAAUAGAUGAGAGUUUGGGACAUUACAAGUGUUUAAAAUGCGGUUCUAUUGCAAGAAAAGAUUUGAAAAAACAAUGCAGAACUGUGAAAAAAUUGGAAGAAAGGGAAGGAACUUGCUACUCUUGUGGCCCAACCACCUCGAAAAGAUGGAAUGGGCUACCUUGGGAUAAAAAGGCGCCCGCUGAAAUUUGUGAGAGGUGCUAUCAUCUUUGGCGCGGAAGUGGUGAAAGAUGUCUGAAUCCCAGUUGUCGUAGAAUCUUUACCAAAACAGAAGUUUUCAAAAUGAAGAAAAUAAAGCACAUUGAUGGUCCCCCUGGUGCCGGCACCAAAUGCCGUCCAUGUAUUGUUUGCCGAGGA